GUUUUAUUGUGGUCACUCCUGGUUUCGCAUGAGGGUGGAUUGAAGGGAGGGAGCCGAAGAGCGGUGGUUUCCAUCGGCCCAUCUCCGCCGUUGGUUUUCUCGUGGUUAAUAUCUCUCGGUGUCGCGUUCCGACCCUCUCCCCUCUCGAAUGAUCUAAACCCGUGAUCGAGAACCACGGUUAGGGUUUCACUCCGAUCCGCUCUUGUGAUCUCCAACUCUCCUCUCCUGCCUGGUCUCCUUCCACGGCUGCGAUGGGAGGGUGGCAGACAGCGCCGCGGCUCCUCCUGAUUUUGAUCGCGUCCUUCGUGCUCCAGAUUUGGGCUUCAGAUCCGCUUUUCUAUGAAUCGUUCGACGAGACCUUGGACGGGCGGUGGAUCGUGUCAGAGAAGGAGGAUUACACAGGUGUAUGGAAACAUUCCAAGAGUGAGGGACAUGAAGACUACGGUCUUCUUGUGAGUGAGAAGGCAAGGAAGUAUGCAAUAGUCAAAGAACUUGAUGAGCCAGUCAUGCUCAAGGAUGGAACCAUCGUCCUCCAGUAUGAAGCUCGACUUCAGAAUGGACUUGAAUGUGGAGGUGCAUAUCUGAAGUACCUACGUCCUCAGGAGGCUGGGUGGAUUCCCAAGGAGUUUGAUAAUGAGUCUCCCUAUACCAUUAUGUUUGGACCUGACAAGUGUGGAUCCACAAAUAAGGUGCAUUUCAUCCUUAAACACAAGAAUCCCAAGAGUGGGAAGUUUAUCGAGCACCAUCUCAAAUACCCUCCAUCUGUCCCAUCUGACAAGCUCACUCAUGUCUACACUGCUGUUUUGAAACCUGAUAAUGAGUUGAGGAUUUUGAUUGAUGGUGAGGAAAAAAAGAAAGCAAACUUCUUGUCCGCUGAUGAUUUUGAACCAGCACUCAUCCCACCUAAGACAAUUCCUGAUCCUGAUGAUAAGAAGCCUGAGGACUGGGAUGAGAGGCCUAAGAUUCCAGAUCCAGAUGCUGUUAAGCCUGAUGACUGGGAUGAGGAUGCUCCACCAGAGAUUGAAGAUGAGGAUGCUGUUAAACCUGAAGGUUGGCUGGAUGAUGAACCUGAGGAAAUUGAUGAUCCUGAAGCCACCAAACCUGAAGAUUGGGAUGAUGAGGAGGAUGGAGAAUGGGAGGCACCUAAGAUCGACAACCCAAAGUGCGAAGCAGCACCUGGCUGUGGGGAGUGGAAGAGGCCAAUGAAGAAGAAUCCAGCUUACAAGGGAAAAUGGCAUGCUCCUUUAAUCGACAACCCAAACUACAAAGGUAUCUGGAAGCCACAGGAGAUACCUAAUCCCGACUAUUUUGAGCUCGACAAGCCCGACUUUGAGCCGAUUGCUUCUAUUGGUAUCGAGAUCUGGACAAUGCAGGAAGGCAUUUUGUUUGACAAUAUUCUUAUAGCCAGUGACGAGGAGGUUGCUGAGUCAUACAGGGAGAAAACAUGGAAGCCCAAGUAUGAAGUUGAGAAAGAGAAACAGAAAGCUGAAGAGGCAGCUGCUGAUGGGCCUUCAGGUUUUCAGAAAAAGGUAUUCGAUGGUCUUUACAAGAUAGCCGACAUUCCUUUCCUGGGGGCAUACAAGAUCAAGAUAAUUGAUAUCAUUGAGAAGGGAGAGAAACAACCAAACCUGACCAUUGGAAUCCUGGUGUCAGUUAUGGUGGUUAUUGCUACGGUUAUUAUGAAGAUUCUCUUGGGUGGAAAAAAACCUGCGGCUCCAGCUAAACCCACAACUGAAACCAAGGGUGAUGCAGCUACUGAGGCUGAUGUGGCUGGAAGCAGUGCUGAGAAAGAAGAGGAGAACGAAAAGGAGGAUGCAUCAGCUCCACGCCCUAGGAGAUCGACCAGGAGGGAGACAUAGGGUAGAUAGGUCCAAAUUUUGGAUGUACUCCUUAUCUUAUAUACACUUUUUAAGCUUUAGGAUCUGAGUGUAUAUGAGAUUCUUAUUGUCUCUGGCUAUAAUCCAUCCCACGAGGAGUUUUCCUCGCAUUCUCUGCUUCAGCUUAAAAGCUUGAUUGGUACUUCUUGCGUGUGGGAGCACCUUAUGACCCGAUCGUCCCUAGAAACAUCUCCUUGGAACAUUACCAGUUCGGAAAUUAUAUGCCUUUCAUCAUAUUGAUUAAUGGUAACCGGUCCAUUGUUGAAUGU